AUGGAUUUUCAGAUACGCCGAUUAAAGGCAAAAACAACAAGAAUUCAUACUCAGGAUGAGGACUCUGAUGAGGUAGGAACACCUAUUUCAUCGUCAUUUUCAGAUAUACAAUUUGAACGAGAAAAAUCCAAUUUACAAGACUCGAAUUCUAAAUUUUAUGAAAAAAAGGCAAGAAAAGAGUCUAAAAACCUCCGUUUAAGCUUUGGACUUGAGGGAAGAAAUGAAAUGAAUGUUUCAGAAGAUGAGCAAGAUAAAGGGAAUUUUGUAAAAAAAAAGAACCAUCUUAGACAGGAAUCCCGAGAAGAACAGGGAAUCAAAGGGUCACCAUUAAUUCAUAAAGUUUUAGAAUCUCAUGAAAAAACAUCAAAAGCGACUCCAAAAUACAAUUCAGAUUAUUUAUCUAAACUUCGACUAUCUACACCAUCUACACCUAAAGAAUUUUGUAAUAUACACAAGGAAAAUGUUGAUAUUGAUAAUUUACAUAUAACGGAGAAAAAUUCACAAGUUUCUGAAGAGAUUCCAAAGAUCUUAGAUGAAGGGAUUGUAAAAGCUUUAAAAGAAAGGCGUGCAGAGAAAAGAGAACAAAACAGAUUAAACAAUGUUUAUAUUCCUUUAGAGGAUGAUGAACAAAUGAUUUUGUAUUCAAAAUCGAAUGAAUCACGACUACAACGUGAGGAUGAUAUAUUUGAUAAUGAUGGUAUUGAAGGGAUAAGAGAAUAUGUAGAUGACAAAAUCAUACUUUCUAAAGAUCUAAAAAGAGCCCAAGAUAAACAAAAAUAUAUUGAAAUGAAGAAUUCUAUUGAAAAUAUUCAAAACAGUGAUAUUAAUGAAGACACUUCAGAAGAAGAAUCAUCUCAAUGGGAACAAACUCAAAUACGUAAAGGUGUAUAUGGAUCGAAGCUUAUAAACAUGAAUUUACCCCCCUCAAAAAAACAUCAACCAAUUCCUUUAGAAAUACAAACAUUUGAAAAUUCAAUAAAUCGUUUAAAAACAAUACUAUCUUCCAUGAAAUCUGAAAAAGAACUCAUGUUAUCUCAAAUUAAAACAUUAAUCUCUGAAAAAGAUGACAUUUCAAAAAAAGAAGCAAUUAUAAAAGAAUCUCUUCAAAAAGCAUCACAAGAAUAUUCUAAUAUUCAGCUAAAAAUACCUAAAACUAAUUCACCUCUUCGUGGUCUUGAUUCAAUCGCAUCUUAUUCAACUAAACAAUCUCCUCUUUCUCAAACUAUUCUCUAA